AUGGAUGGUCGUACAGGGCAAAAACAGGCUGCCCAAAAGGAGAGGACUAUGAUGGCGAUUUGUACUCACAUUGUUCAAACGCUUACAUCGGAAGCGCAUAUCAAAGAUCUGGUGAUGCAAGCCAGGAAGAUCGACUGCCCUCAAAGCGCCAAAGCUUCAAGCCAAUUCGCUCGCCUCCACCUGCACGAAUUUGAGGAUCAUUCCGACUCGGAAGAUGUUCUUCUUCACAGUUACGAGAAGAACUAUGUUUACAAGACGAAGCGCCGAUCGUCGUCAACUGGUGCCCGAAGUAAUUUCGUACGCGAUAUGGAAGCACGAUUGGCCGGACUUCGACAUGAGAAAUUGAAAUCGCAGAUAUCCGGAGCCUCACGUGAUGAAAAAUUAAGUGGUUUGAUUUACGAUGCGGACUUCGACUGCUACUAUAAUCCACUCGACGAUCAGUACUACAAACUUCAGCCUUCCAACGGGAAUUCGCAAUGA